AUGGGUCCCCGAUCGCUCAAGCCGGGUUUAUACGGCCCCUUGCCUACAUUCUUUACCGAGCAGCAGGAAAUUGAUUAUGCUAGUUAUAAAAGUCAUUUACUGAAUCUCGCAACCAAGGGGAUUGUUCCCGUUUGUGCAGGCUCUCUGGGCGAAGCAGUCCACUUGACCCAUGAUGAGCGUGUUCAACUCAUCCAUUUCAUCAGAGCCACACUCGACGAGGCCGGUCUGAAUGCGACUCCUAUUGUGGCCGGCGUUGGAGGAUCAAGCACGAGAGAGACCAUCAAGCUGGCGCGAGAUGCCGAAGCUGCUGGAGCAGACGCCGGACUCGUGAUUCUUCCGGCAUACUACGCAGCCAGCCUUGCUGCAGACGCAGAGCAAAUCAUACAGUACUACGUCGACAUCUGCAAUGGCUCGCCGAUCCCUCUGUUCCUCUACAACUUCCCCUCUAACGCCGCAGGGCUCGACAUUUCGUCCGCCCAGAUCGAGGCCGUAAUGCGACAAACCACAAAUCUCUGCGGCGUCAAGCUAACGUAUGUCCUCUACCGUCUCUCUGUCCUCCCUCCUUUCCCUUCGAGACUCUCCUUCCAGAUCCCAACCUCUGACCAUCCCGCAUAUAACAGAUGCGGAGGCAGCAUCUCCAAACUCAUCCGUCUAACCGCAGCCAUAAGCACCGAUCCCACGAUCAACGCUCAGCGCCCCUACCCCUUCCUCCUCCUCGACGGGCUGAUAGCCGACUUGACGCCCUGGAUGCAGAACGGCGGCCACGGAACCGUGAGCGGGAUCCCGAAUUUUGCGCCUGCGGCUUCGGCGAGGUUGUGGGAGCUGCUGAACAAGUCUGAUUGGAGCGAGGAUGAGCAAAAUGAGGCCAAGAGGAUACAGGCCGUGUUGUCUAGGGCGGACGUAGCAGCGGUCCCGGCGGGGGUUAGGGGGAUGAAGUAUGUGCUGAACAAACUGCAUGGGCAUGGGCCGCAUCCGAGGAGACCGCUGUUGCCUCUGGGGAGUGGGGAGGGGGAGGAAUUGAUGGUGCUAUUUGGGGAGAUGUUCGAAUUGGAGGCGGAGUACGCGAAGGCAUAA